AUGAGCUACGCCGAGCUGUUCGAGUCCAUCCUCGAACCCGAGAUCGAGGACGCCGACGAAGAGACAUUUUGGCUGUACUCGCAGCCGCAUCCCUCAUCGGACCUCGGCUUCGUCGACCCGCGCGCGGCCUCCGUCGAGGUGCGCGUCGGCGGCACCGACUUCACCGUCCACCAGUCCCCCGGCGUGCUGUCCUCGGACCGCGCCGGCGGCACCACCGGCGCCGUCCUAUGGAAGAUAUCGCCCGUGUUCGCGGACUGGCUCGCCGCCCCAACCAACUUCCUCUUCUCUCGAAGCCUGCUGGGCGCCGAUUCCGCCGUGCUGGAGCUCGGAUGCGGCGUCUCCCCGCUCAACGCGCUCGCGCUCGCCCCACGCGUCGCCUCGCACACGCUGACAGACCAGGCGUACGUGCGGCGGCUGAUUCGUCGCAACAUUGAUGACGGCGUUGCCUCUCUGGCCCGCAAGUCGUCCAAGCAUCGGCCGGCCGGCCGCAUCUCGUUUGAGACGCUCGACUGGGAGACGGACGCGACCCCUCCCGCACCGGGCGGGUUCGACGCCGUGCUGGCGGUCGACUGCGUGUACAACGCGGCGCUGGUGCCGCCUCUGGUGCAGACGUGCGCCGACGCCUGCCGCCGGCGGGGGGCCAAGCGUGUGCAUAGUGGCGCAGCAGCUGCGUGA